AUGCCCCGCCAACGGCAACCCGCUCGGUUCGCGAGCGAGGCCCCCUCCGACACAUCCACAUCGACGUCACCCGACCGCACCGCCGACGACGACACCGACUUCUUCACAGCCCAGGCGAACGACUCGCAGUCCUCCGUCGGCAUCGCGACCCGCGACGCAAACCUCCACAUCGAUGCCGAGAUGAUCCUCCCGCCGAUCGGGCGGCUGCCCCCCGAGAUCCUCAUCGCCAUCUUCGCGAAACUCAGCGCCCCCUCCGACAUGUUGAGCUGCAUGCUGACGAUCACCACCUCGGUGAGCAAGCCGGACGGCUUCUUCCCGUACUCGGAGCUCAUCAGGAGACUGAACCUCUCCGCCCUGACGGAGGGCGUCAGCGAUGGCACGGUCGUCCCGUUCGCCCAGUGCAACCGGAUCGAGCGGCUCACGCUGACCAACUGCUCGAAGCUGACGGACAAGGGCGUGUCGGACCUGGUGGAAGGCAACCGGCAUCUACAGGCCCUAGAUGUCUCGGAUCUGCGCCAUCUGACGGACCACACCCUGUACACGGUGGCCAGGAACUGUGCGCGACUCCAGGGUCUCAACAUCACCGGAUGUGUCAACAUGACGGACGAGUCGCUGAUCACCGUGUCGCGGAACUGCCGACAGAUCAAGCGGCUGAAACUGAACGGGGUUUCGCAAGUCACCGAUAAGGCUAUCAUGUCGUUCGCCAUCAACUGCCCAGCCAUCCUGGAGAUUGACCUGCACGACUGUAAACACGUCACCAACCCGUCGGUGACAGCCCUCAUGGCCACGCUCCAGAACCUACGGGAGCUGCGCCUCGCCCAUUGUACCGAGAUCGACGACACGGCUUUCUUGCAGCUUCCCCGGCACCUGUCCAUGGACAGUCUGCGGAUCCUCGACUUGACGUCAUGCGAGAGCGUCCGCGAUGAUGCGGUCGAGCGCAUCGUUGCCUCGGCUCCCCGCCUGCGGAACCUGGUUCUGGCCAAGUGUCGGUUCAUCACCGACCGCGCGGUCUGGGCCAUCUGCAAGCUCGGGAAGAAUCUCCACUAUGUCCACUUGGGCCACUGCUCCAACAUCUCCGAUGCCGCGGUGACCCAGCUGGUCAAAUCCUGCAACCGGAUCCGGUACAUUGAUCUGGCCUGCUGCACGCGCCUGACGGAUUCGAGCGUGCAGCAACUGGCCACGUUGCCCAAGCUCCGGAGGAUCGGGCUGGUGAAGUGCCAGUCCAUCACCGACAACAGCAUCAACGCCCUGGCAGGAUCCAAGGCGGCGCACCAUUCGGGGGGCGUGAGUAGCUUGGAGCGGGUGCAUCUGAGUUACUGCAUCCGUCUGUCGGUUGCCGGAAUCCAUGCGUUGCUGAAUAGCUGCCCUCGCCUGACCCACCUGAGUCUGACGGGGGUCCAGGCCUUCCUGCGGGAUGAGCUGACGGUGUUCUGCCGCGAGGCACCCCCCGAGUUCACGAACCAACAACGCGAGGUCUUCUGCGUGUUCAGCGGCGAUGGUGUGAACCGGCUACGCGACUUCCUCAACCGAAUCAUCCCCCCUCCGCCUCCGCGCGACCUGGCGGAGGCCACCAUGUACGACGAGGACGACGAGCUCGACGAGGAGGAAAACCCCGUGACGGGCUUGAUGCAUGCGACCGCGGCGACGGUGAUUCACGACGACGACUACAUUGACAUUGGACAUACCCAUGAGACCAACCAUCUACGCGAGAGAGGCCGUCUGGGGCGACAUCAUUCCCUCCCUGCUCCCUCCGCCAUGGCUCCUCGGCUCGCGCGGGCCAAUCCCCUCGCGUUCACCCGCUGGCCCGUCACCCUGAUCACGACGACUGUGUACCUGGCCUUCGUGAUCCCGCUGCUGAUCGUCCACCACGUCCUGCCGUCCCCCCCAGCCUCCAACCCCACGGGCCUCGACCUGACCGAAGCCUGGGCCGACCUCCAGGUCCUCACCGACGGCUUCCACCCCUACAACUCGCGACGCAACGACGACGUGCACGCCUGGCUGCUGCAGCGCAUCGACGAGAUCGUGACCUCCACCCCGCCGUCCAGCGCCUACUCCACCCACGACGAAGACAAGCCCGACGUCUUCGUCUUCGACGACACCCACUCGAACCUCACCUUCGUCGGCAACCCGCUUAAAUCCGCAAACACCGGCGUCUACUUCGAAGGCACCAAUAUCCUCGUCUACAUCCGCGGCCAGGACGACUCCAGGACUCAAUGGUGGCUUGAACCGAAUGGCGUACCGCCCGCCGGCCAGAGCGGUGGCGUGCUGGUCAACGCGCACUACGAUAGUGUGUCGACGGGGUAUGGCGCUACGGACGAUGGUGUUGGCGUUGUGAGUUGUCUUCAGCUCAUCAAGUACUUCACCACCCCGGGUCAUGUGCCGCGUAAGGGGCUUGUUGUGCUGUUCAAUAAUGGCGAGGAGGAUUAUUUGAAUGGGGCCCGUGUGUAUGGACAGCAUCCGAUUGCGCGGUUCCCACACACGUUUGUGAAUCUGGAAGGGGCUGGCGCUGGGGGCAGGGCGAUCCUGUUCCGGAGUUCUGAUACCGAGGUCACUAGGCCGUAUAUGAGGUCGAAGUAUCCGUUUGGGUCCAUUCUGGCUGCGAAUGGCUUUGAGGUCGGUCUGAUUAGUAGCCAGACGGAUUACGUCGUGUUUGAGGGCGAUAUGGGCCUCCGGGGGCUGGAUGUCGCGUUCAUGGAGCCCAGGGCUAGUCGCGGGUCCCUGUGGCAUAUGUUGUCCGCGGCGGUGGCGACGACGGAGGGUUUGGUUGGGGAUAAGAGUGGACAGUUUGAUGGCGCGUCGAGGGAGGAUGCGAGGGUUGCGAGCGGGGAGGGGUCCAAGGCUGUUUGGUUCGAUCUGUUUGGGACCACGUUCGUGGUCUUUCAGUUGCAUACGCUGUUUGCGCUGUCGGUGACGCUGUUGAUUGUUGCGCCGUUGACCCUGCUGAUGUAUCUGUUCAGGACGUCGGUGAAGCUCGAGGAUACCCUUGAGUCGGUGCCGCUGCAGGGUCUCCGGGUCAAUCCUUUGAUUGUGCACAGCAGCGAGUAUGCCGUCUGGAGCAUGAUGCUGUCGGCUUGGAUGUUCCUGGCCUGGUUUGUCUCGCGCGUGGCCGAGUUCGCCCGGCCGUCUGCCCUGCACCGGGUCUACACUCUCACCUGGAUCUUCGUGCUGGGAUGGGUCAUGCUGGUCAUUGCCACGGUGUAUGAGAACAAAUGGGGUCUGGCUGGUGGCUACUUCGUCUUCUUUUUCUUCUCCGGCACCUUCGUGGCCACCUGGAUCUCGUACCUGGAGCUCUUCUCGCUCCCGCGCAAGUCCGACUACGCCUUGCAAUGCGCCCCGGUCUCCCGACGAGCCAGCAGCUACGGCGGCAGCCGACUCGGCACGGCGUCGGGUGAGGAGCAUGAUGGGGCGGUCCACGACGGCGAUGAGGACGAUGACGAGGAGGACGAGCCGACGGAAUCGACCUCCCUUCUCGGUGGUGGCCAGCGCACCACCUUCGCCAACUACGUGCGCGUCACCGGCGACAACCACAAUCAUGCAGACGGCUCUGACAUCGACGAAGACCCGAACGUUUACAAGUACGAGCAGCGCUGGAGCGCCGGGCUCCCGAAAUGGACGUGGGUUCUGCAGUUCCUGCUCAUCGCGCCGCUGGUCCUCAUCAUGGUCGGGCCCCUGGCCCUCCUCCUCACCAGCGCGCUGCACCAAACCGCCCAAGACGGCAGCUCGCCGCUGUUUGUCUACACGGCGGUGGCAGCCCUAUCCACCCUGCUCCUGACCCCCCUCCUCCCCUUCAUCCACCGCCACACCUACCACAUCCCGCUCUUCCUCCUACUGGUCUUCGCCGGCACCCUCAUCUACAACCUCGUCGCCUUCCCCUUCUCCCCCUCCAACCGCCUCAAGCUCUUCUUCCUCCAGGAAAUCGACCUCACCUCCGGCGCAAACUCCGUCUCCCUCUCAGGCGUCCAGCCCUACGUCCUCGACGCCGCAUCCACCCUCCCCAGCGCCGCCGGCCAAGACAUCACCUGCGUCGACCACACCGCGCGCGGUACGAAAUGCUCCUGGACUGGCCUCGCCCCCCGCGUCAUCACCGAUAACGAUGACCCCAACACCCCGCUGUCCAACUGGCUCAAUUACACCAUCACCAAAUCCAAAUCCUCACCAUCCAAAGGAGAGAAAACCGGCAAGCCGAACUCCGCCCGCAUCACCCUCUCCGGCCGCAACACCCGCGCCUGCAAACUCCUCUUCGACUCCCCGGUCUCCUCGUUCGAGGUCCUCGGGUCGGCCUACGACCCACGCUUCCCGAGCUCGUCGCCCCUCGGCACCAAGGAGAUCCGCCUGUGGAGUCGCGAGUGGGAGAAUGAGUGGACCGUUGAUGUUUCUUGGUCUGAUGCGGAUGAGAGUGAGGAGUCUGUGGCCGAUGGCUCGGUUGCAGAAAGAGAAGAUGAAGAGAGAGAGGGUAAAAUCACUCUCACCGGCCACGCCGUCUGUCUUUGGAGUGAUCAUAACCAGGUCGGGGCUAUCCCGGCGUUAGAUGAGGUGAAGCAGUUCGGUCCCGUUUGGGUGGCGGUUAGUAAGGCGGCGGAUGGGUUGGUGGAGGGGAGGAAGAGGUUUUCUGUUUAGGUAGUUCUUUUUUUUUUUUUUUUUUUU